AGGUGAAAUUUCCUCCAAAGAAGCAAAGGGAACAAAAACAAACCAAGCACCCGAAGCUUAUGCAUCAAGCAUCUAUGUAUCUCGGUUAGCUUGGCUCUCACUCUCUCGCUCGAAUACAGACUUUACCCGAACGGAUUCCGAUCAUGUGGGGGGGCAAGAGACCCAAAAAACCGAUAUUUGAAUUCCGAAUAUGGAUCUUUUCCACCGAAUCGAGACGUCUCCAUAGACCUUAUUCGGUAAUAAGUAAAUUUAGGAAUGAAAUGUAAUAACGAGUCGACCAGACUAGUUUGGUCUGUGAAAAUGUUUACAUGUUUAACAUAUAAGUCCAACUGAACAGAGUCUUCACCAACAAUACUAUUCCCAAAAAUGGCCGCUUUGAUCUUCUUCCUUUUGCUCUCGACUGCCGGAGUUUCGCUCUCCGUCUCUUCCUCACCAGCUUCAAACCCCGGCCGCUUCCUCAAAUCCCGGUCUCUCCUCCGCCCCUCCGCCGCCCCUCAGCAGUACUUCGAGCUUGACCGCCCCGUGCCGUUCAACGUUAUCCGCCCAUCAUGCGCCCGCCGUAUCUUACGCCACUCCUUCGCCAACACCAUCAACUCCCCGCCCUACACCACCCCUUACUUCCCGCCGCGCAACUCCUCCAAGUGCGCCGCCCCCUGGUCCCGCGCCAUCCUCGAGAUAUCCGCCUCCUGCCGUGGCAAUCAGUAUGACCGCAUCUCGGCCCUCUGGCUCGGCGGGGCCGAGCUGAUUCGAACAAGCACCGCCGAGCCGACCGCCGACGGGGUCGUCUGGCGGGUCCGUAAGGACGUGAGCCGGUACUCCUCCCUCCUCUCCCAGCACGGUCUCAACGUCACGAUGAUGCUCGAGAACAUUGUUAACGACGAGUACACCGGCGUUUACCACGUUAAGGCCACCAUCUUCUUCUACAAGGGGACGGACAUUAAUGCUCCGAUAGGCCUCCCAGAUCAAAAGAUCAACCAGAAAUUAGCUUCGGGGAAUUUGGAGUUGGGGCAUGGCAACGACAAUACUUUGGGGCUAGGAGCUUGGGAUUUCUAUGGGCCUCCGGCAGAUUUGAUAAUCCCGAUCGCGAGCAGCGGGAAUAAGGGGUUCUGGUACCGAAUUGAGAGCGAAUCGGAUACUCAUUCGAUGCAAAUCAGUAUUCCGAGGAACACGAAAAGGGCAGUUCUGGAGUUGUAUGUCUCGUAUCAUGGGAACGACGAGUUCUGGUACUCGAACCCGCCCAACUCGUACAUUAGAACAAACAACUUGACCACUGGAAGAGGGAAUGGGGCAUACAGGGAGGUCUUCAUCGCGAUCGAUGGGCGGUUCGUGGGGUCGGAGGUCCCGUUCCCGGUGGUGUUUACUGGGGGGGUCAAUCCCCUAUUUUGGGAGCCUGUGGUGGCAAUCGGAGCGUUCAAUCUUCCGUCAUAUGAUAUCGACCUCACCCCGAUGUUAGGAUUUCUUCUGGAUGGGAAACAGCAUGAGUUUUCAAUCGGGGUCACCCACGGCAUCUCAUACUGGCUCGUGGACGCAAACUUGCACCUGUGGGUUGAUCCAUAUGCGAAAAUAGUCGUGGCAAAGCCGGUUCUCUAUGAUGUUCCAGCUCUCAGUGUCGUGCGUAGCUCGCAAUUUAAGCAGUUAGAUGGGCUGUUUAUGGUCGAGGCAAAGAGGAAGGUUCGGGUUGCCGGGUGGAUAAUAUCUGAUGCAGGGAACUUAACCGUGAUGAUCGUGAACAAGUACAGUCUCAGGAGCUCGAUACAGUUCCAAGCAAGCGGGACUUACAAGCUCGUGAAGCAAAAAAUCAAAGCAAAGAGAGAAACUAGGAUCGUGAACGGGUGUGGUGCCAUCGUUGCCCGAUCAGUCUUCAAGGGGAAGUACCCUCUGAGUGUGAUCACGAAGAGCCUUCCAGGAUUGGAGCAGGACACUAACAUGCUCAUUACAAACGUUUCCCAUGCCCAGGACGAAAAGUUCUCCAGCGGAGAAUUCUCGUACUCGGUCCGCAACGGACAGGAUUCAGAUGGAUGGAUGUUGGUGAAGGAUCACGAGGUUCUUAAGGGCAGAGCAAACACAACGCAGAUCUAUAGCUAUCGGGAUUCGAUGUUUUGUUACUUCCGGAGUGUUGCCGCCAGUGACGGAAUUCUCGUUGGGGACUAUUCGACAUUCUUGUGCCCUUCCUCCUCCUGAUUCAGCCUUGUUAGUGACCUGUUUCCACGUAGAUUUGAAUAUCGUUUUGUCUGUGAUAUGUGCUCCGGUGCAAUUGUAAUCAGCUGUAAAAUAAGCGUCUUGUACAUAGAUUCAGAUUCCGUAACGUUUGCGUUUCACUAUAUGUUCGAUUUAUCUAA